AUGAUGCCCAUAUCCGUAAAUGUAACUUCUCAGCAAAUCUAUUCGAAAUGCGGAACGAUCAACAUGGAAAAUGGGCCAUAUCUUGAUGGCGAGUCGUCAGAAAAUGAACUCGAUGACUAUCCUGGAUAUUUCAAGGUAUUUCGACGAGAUAGAAGCAGUAUUAAUAUGAGGGAAAAUGAGGAGCCGGUGAUGAAUUUCGUGGAAAACAGGGAAGUGCGAUUACGAAGGCGUUCCUCAGCAAUUCCUCCAUUUGAUCCAUUCCAAAAGUAUCCGAUUCCCGACUUGGUCAUUGAGAAUAUUUUCGAAUUCUUAUGUAAACGAGACAUUUCAAACGCGAUGCGAUGCUGUCGAAGAUUCUACAACAUCGGAGAGGCUUCGAAAUUCUGGACAAACUUUGAUCUCGGCGACAAAAGGAUCACCGAGUUCACGUUGGCGGCAUUAUUGCGGAGGAAUACGCAAUAUUUAAGGCUUGCUGAUGCCAAAUGCGAUCAAGUAAAUACAUGCGAGUUGAAGCCAUACCAUUCGAAAUUAUUCGGCAAAAUCCCAUGCAGCUUGAAGCUUCUUGAUCUUUCCAGAGCGAUUCUCAACAAAAAGCAGCUUGCAAUGCUGCUGAAACCGUGCCAAAACCUUGUGGGUCUCUCACUUGAAAACCAGACAAUCGACGAUGAAAUUGCUAGUCAUAUUGCGAAAAACCCCCACCUUCGUCGCUUAGAUUUAUCCAUGACUAAAGGAUUAACCGAAUUCGGCCUUCAGCUAAUAGUGGAGAAGUGUCGAAGCCUUGAGGAGCUCAGCUUGGCCUGGUGUGGACUCAGUCAAUCGACAUGCGCGGCGAUCAGCAAACGACUGACGUCGACAUUGAGGAAGCUGAACAUCUCGGGAACAUUGGAGAAGAAAGGCGUCACUGAUUGCGUAGUUUUGAGCAUCGGCCAAAGCUGCCCAUACCUCAACGAUCUUGAUAUUUCCGACAACAUCGAGGUCACCAAGACCUCAAUAGUCAUUGUGAUUCGACACCUUCCGAAGCUUCGAACCUUGUCGUGCAAUCGGUGCUACGGAAUCGAUCCCAAUACCUUCUUAAAUUUAACCACCACUGGAAUUCGGCACCUAAACGUGCACGGCUGCAUAUCAGAAAGCAAUCUUGAAACGUUCUACGCCUAUUUCCCAAAUAUGGAUGUCAACAAAACUGUGCUCAAUUAUACAGCGAAGCCAUAUCAAUCGGAAACCGCGACGCAUCGCAUUUGGGGUCAUUCGCUCCGCUAA